AUGACCGCAAUGUUCUCAAGGGACAAGCCCAUCAAGAAGUCCGUGACCAUUCUUCUCAAGAAGCAUACUGCUCUUGCAUCGCGUCGUCAAUCGUCUCGGACUUCCCUGGGUUCUGCAAGCCAACCACUCGUCCGCAAAAGAUUUGUUCCGUACUUAGACGGAUUAUUGCCCACUGCCAAAGCACUGGGCACUCUUGUCGAGCGUCUUGGGGAAAUACAUUUCCCUGAUUUGGUUCCUGGUUUGUUGCGGACUCUCAAGACCGGCAUGGAGCGCCUAGAGGGCCUCCUCCCAGAUAUUAUCGCAAAUGCUCGCUCACCUCGGCCAACUGUUCGCGAAGGAUUCAUGUCACUUCUCGUCUUCUUGCCUGGUACGUUUGGCACUCGAUUCCAACCACAUCAACCGAAAAUCAUUUCGCCUAUCCUUGGUGGUUUGUCAGACACGGAAGAGUAUGUUAGAGAAGCGGCCAUGCGUGCUGGGAGGAUGGUUGUCACCAACUAUUCAUCCAAGGCUAUUGACCUUUUGCUGCCUGAGUUGGAGCAUGGUAUGUUCGACUAUGGUUGGAGAAUUCGGCAAUCAUCCAUUACACUCGUUGGAGAACUUCUCUUCAAGGUAUCUGGAAUCUCAGGAAAGGCCUCCGAGGUUGAAGAAGAGGAAGUUGCGGCAGGUGCGACAGCCGAGUCGUCUCGUCAAGAAGAACUUGGGGCGAAGGCUAUUGAUCAGACGAUACCCACUUUGUUGGAAGCGCUUCGUCAGCCUGGAAAGGGUUCUGGGACUGCUCUUGAGGCGUUGCGAGAGGUCAUGGUACACAUGAACUGUGACGAAGCCAUAGAGUCGCUAGCCUUGGCAUGGUUACUUCGAUCUGCGCCUCCUGAAAUUGGUGAACUCAUCGGAACGCGAACAUUCGAAGCCCUUUCCAUCCAAUUCUAUUGGGUCCAUUUCCAUAUAUGA